AUCUGGCUCUGCAGAUUAGAAGUGCUGUCAGAGUCUCUGUCCUAUAGAGAGCGUUCACCCCUCGGGGAGAGAGUCUGGCAGGAGAUUCCUGCACUAACUCAAUGCUCCCACACUCACCCACUGCUUUAAAUCUCUCUCCUUCCUCCCUUUUCCGCCCUCCCCGUCUCUCACUGUCCGUCACCAGCCUUCCAUCGUCUGUCUGCUCCCUCCUGAUUGGCAGCUGAGGUUGUUGUUGUUACUGUGGCGGAGUGUGCCCGGGCCAGUGGAGGGUGGCUGAUAGGGAUCAAAAAAAUUCUGGCUCGGGCUUCUUCGUGCCUUUUAAGGCGGUCUUUUCCCAACAGGGCUGAGGUGUGUGAGAACACUACAGCUUGGGAACGCACACCAGGACGAGGCAGCUCAGUGCAGGUUGGGAUUUGAGUGUGUGGAGGCGCACAGGGAGCCGCUGGUUUGAGCUUGAUUGCUGCUAACACAGGAAGCAAAAGAUUUCACAACAAGGGGGUUGCACACACACACACACACACAUGCACACACACAAAUAGAUAGACAGACACACACACUCCUCCUCUCUCAGAGGGUAGUCCUUAAACUUCAAAGAGGCAGGCAGAGCUCUCUGAUGUGCAGGGUUUUUCUGAAGCUCCGGUACCAUGCACUUUGACCUCAGGCUGUGAGGAAGAGGAAGCAUGAGGAAGAACUACAGUGCUACUCCGCUCAUCUAUGUGACAGAGGCGGAGCGGAGCGGUUGUGAUGUCCUCAGCAUCCCGGUGCCCAUUCGCCGUGGCGGCUCAGAGUCCAACCUGGACGUGGUGGACAGUGUUGGGGAUGACGGGGUGGGCCUGGAUUUCACCAAAGGAGCGCUGGGUAUCGACAGCCUGCAGCAGAAGAUCCUCAAGGUGACGGAGCAGAUUAAAGUGGAGCAGGCAGCUCGGGACCAAAAUGUCGCAGAGUACCUGAAGCUGGUGAACAAUGCCGACAAGCAGCAAGUGGGACGAAUACGUCAGGUGUUUGAAAAGAAGAACCAGAAGUCAGCGCACGCCAUCACUCGGCUGCAGAGGAAGCUGGAGCAGUACCACCGUCGCAUGAAGGACAACGAGACCAACGGGAAACACAGCCACAAGGAUGGCAGCAGCAAGGAGUCUGGGACUCACAGCAAGGAGGGCAGCCUGCGGGACGUUAGCACAACCGGACGGCACCCGGCGCUGGAUAAAGUGAAGACAGUCGGGCCCGGGGUGUCGCUCUCGCCGCCGUUCUUCUUUAACAAGUCGCGGGAAUUCGCCAACCUUAUCAGGAACAAGUUUGGCAGCGCAGACAACAUUGCCCAUCUUAAGAGCUCCAUGGAGACGGGGUCGGGACUGCAGGUGGAGAGCGGAGCGAGGGGCCUGAGCGGGAGCGCCACCACAGUAGCCAAGACGACCAAGUACCACAGUGACGAUGAGUGCUCCACGGGGACGUCUGCGUCCGCCGACUCAAACGGGAACCCGGCCGGGGGCUCGGGGGUGGGGUCUGGAGGUCCAGGGAGGUCGGACUCCAACGGGCGGCUUGGGGAGGUGCUGGACAUGGUGCGGGAGAUCAGGGAGGCUCAGGCACAGCUGGCCGAGGACAUGGAGACUCUGAGCUCCCAGUUCAAACGAGAUUACAGCUACUUCACACAGAUGAUGCAGGAGGAAAGAUACAGGUAUGAGAGGUUGGAGGACCAGUUAAAUGACCUGACGGAGCUCCACCAGCAUGAGACCAGUAAUCUGAAGCAGGAACUGGCCAGUAUUGAGGAGAAGGUGGCCUACCAGGCCUACGAGAGGGCCAGGGACAUACAGGAGGUCCUCGAGUCGUGCCAGACUCGUGUGUCUAAGCUCGAGCUGCAGCAGCAGCAGCAACAGACGGUCCAGUUGGAAAACACAGACGCUAAGGUCCUGCUGGGGAAAUGCAUCAACAUCAUGCUGGCGAUCGUCACCGUGAUUUUGGUGUGCGUUUCCACAGCGGCCAAGUUCACCGCCCCGCUGCUGCGUAGCCGCCUCCACCUGGCGCUCACCUGCAUAGGCGUGUCCGUGUUAGCGCUGCUGUGGAAGAACUGGGAACAUUUACAGUGUGCUUUGGAACGCUUGGUGCUCCCGCACUGAUCUAGGAAGACAAACAAGACCAGGAAACUUUGGCCAACCUUGAGCUGAGGUCCCCAUGUCGUGUGUCGUCACGGCAACACAAGAACCGGGAGGGAGGAGUUUACAUGUAGCCUUACAACAGCCCUUGCAUUCCCCCCCCUGAGCAAUUUUAAGGCUCCAUGGUGACUUCAUUUAUGGCUUUGUGCUUUGCAUGUCUAAAUGGAGUCCACACAAAUCCACAAAGCCUUUCCCAGAAUGCACCACUUCAGAAAUCCUAACAAACUACACACAGAUGUAAGCUGAUGUACGUCAUGACAACUGAACACAACUGUGACAAACCUACACGUGCUGUCUGCGAGCCUGAAGCUGCAUACACAUGAACAUGGCGCCCCGCUGCCAUAACAGAAUCACUACAGUCCAAACUGUCAGACCAGUUAGAGCUGCAUCAGCCGGAAUUAAGCAGACGACAGCCAUAUUAUUGGAUAUUGGAUCCGCCCCCCUCUCUCUCUCUCUCAUCUGGUCGCACCGACAGAUGCUGAAAUCUAAAUAUAAAUGAGUGGGCAUUUAUUGGGCCAUGGGAAUAAAGUGAUUAUUUCCUGCCCUUAAAGGGAAGUGUAUCUGUUAUUGCACCACCUCGCGCCUCUGAACAAACGCUCACUGGCAGAAUGUGGCCAGUCGAUCAGUCCUGAACCUGCACAGUUAACGCCUCCUUGUACACCAGCCAGCUGUGACACGAAGACACAUGCACCCAAAGGCUGAUUUGUGCCGUGUGUCUGUACUUCACUGUUAUGUAUUUAUGGGAUGUUUUUCAUGUCAGUGUUUUAUUCAAAAGUACUUUUUUCGAAGCUGUACACUGUUUGAAACUGUAGGUGCGUUUGUGUCUGAGCGUGCGUUCAUGUUAGUUCGCGCCUGCUGUGUGUGUGUGUGUGUCUAUACUGUGUUUCCUAAUUGAAGAAAUGGGUUCACAUUUUGUGAAAUCUUGACUUUCUUGGUAAGAGUUAGAUGAGAAUUUAUCACCGCUCAUGUCUGCAUGCAAAAAUAUUAAGAAACAAUUAGCUCAGCAUAAAGGCUACAGACAAGGGGAAAUAGACUGGCUCGAUCUGAAAGUGACCCAAGAUUAUUAUACAAUAUUCAUUUGUACAAAAAACAAAGUGAACAAACAGCAAAAUAAAACCACAUUCUGUUGUUGGACAUGCCAGUCGUUUUCCCCUGUGUGUCCAGUCUUUAAGCUAAGCUAAGCUAACCAAACGCUGGCUUCAUGUUUACCAUACACACAUGGCAGUGGUGUUGAUCUUGGCAGCUAACUCUCGACAAGAAAGCUUAUUAUAAGCAUAUUUCCCAAAAUGUCUUAGCAAUUUCCUUGAAGUUUAGAAAAUGUCCCCUGUCUUCAUAAUUUGAUGCUUUGGGGGGGUGGUUUUCGUCCUGUAAAAUCUUGUUUUGCGUAUUUCUGGUUAAAGCUAUUUGAGAAACAAAACAUCUGUGAGUCGACAUGCUUUACUCAGCUCCAACGACUGCAGCUUUAGCAUGUGAACUGUGAGGAAGGUCUGGGCGGUUAGAACAAAGCUCUAAAUGCGAGCACGUUUGACUCCUGAUCUUACUGAAUUGCCUUUUUAUGAGGUGAACAGAACAAAUGAACUUGUGAAGCCUUUGAUGAUGUGCUGUGUUUAUGUCUGGUAGGACUAAGAGUUCAGAGUCCUGACCUGUUAAAACUUGUCUUAAACCACAGAGAGGCCAUGGGCGAUUACUGCAACUACAUUUGAAUUGCAUCUAAUAAUUUCUUUCAACAUUUUUCACACUUGACUCUCUGGUACAGCUGGGGAGUGACUCAUCUGAGAUGAUGUCUGAUACGAGCACAGCGAGUCCUGCCCUGCCAUUAUAUCUUAAGACUAGUGAAUUGUAAUGACUUGGAGGAAGAAGAACGGUCGUCUUACUUGAAAUAAAUGUGUCUGCUGUUGCACUAAAAUAUAAGAAAUGCAAGUAACAUUACAAAACUCAGCUCAGUUCCCUAGCAGCAUUUACCAGUUAAAGCUAAAACCAUAUGUGGUAGUAUCAGUACCAUGAUGGCGUUUUUUUCCCCAUGUCACAUGAAUGCAGCAGGACAGACCUGAGGAGAGGAAGCUGAACAUGUAGCUCCGUGCUCCCUAACCCUGUAUCACUGUGAUGAUACUGAUGCCUUUUCAAUGCAGCUUAUUUCUUCUACUGUGUAACUUCUGUUCGCGUCCCUUCGCAAGCCAAAUAUGGAGAAUUUUUAAGGCGUCUCUGCCUUUAUAAAUAACUCUGAAAUUAAUAUUUUCAUUUUAUUAUUUUUUUUAAAAAAAGACCAACCAAAUUGGCUCAAACACUAUUUGUGUCUGCCCUUCAGGACAGACAAGCACCUCUUCUCCAAAGCUGUAAGUCCAUAAUGUAUAUUUUCACAUUUCUGUCUCCUCUGUGUGCAUUAGUUUCUAGUUAUGGGGUCUUCAUAACAUUAUUUUUUUCAAAUGAAAGAAUAAAUCUUUGUUUUUCUAA